ACUCCGAUUUAGACUUCGCUCAGACAGCAGCAGCUCCAGUGGAGGUUCAGGCUGUCAGCUAGCGCGGGUAGCCUUUAACGAGGCUGCAUGACAGAGGUUACCGGCUUUGACCUGGCGGCAUCCCAGCGGACGCACCUCACUCUCUGCUCCCCUGCACACCGGACACCUCUCUCCACCGGACAGAUCCGGACCGCUGCCCCGGCUCUCAUCCCGCUCCGCCUUCGUGCUCAAAGUCACUCGAUGCUGCGCUCCCGCUACCAGCCAGCUAACAGGCUGAUCUGACUGAGUUCCUUGCCACUUCAUGAUCCAGGCUAGUCGAGGAUCAAAACAAGGACAAGCGCUUUAAAGUUGAAGCGGCGUUUUGUGCUUCACUGGUCAGGACCAAGCGGCGAAGAGGGACACGGGCCCGCGGGGGAGAGCGACGGACUCGGGGCAAGGCAGCCAGGGCAGCGAGGGUGGUGGCUGGAUAAACUAGGGGGUUUGCCUCCAGCUCCUGGUGGGUUUAUCCCCCUGCCAGCUAUCGUUAGCUAACCUAGCUCCAAACAGCGCCAUGGAUUGGUUAAUGGGGAAAUCGAAGACGAAGCCAAAUGGAAAGAAGCCUCCAGCAGAAGAGAAGAAGCAGUACUUGGAGCUAGAGUACACAAAAAUCCGCGUGGUGGACUUUGACCUCAAGGAGCUGGUGGUGCUGCCCAGAGAGAUAGACCUCAACGAAUGGCUUGCCAGCAAUACGACGACAUUCUUCAAUCUCAUCAACCUGCAGUACAGCACCAUCUCAGAGUUCUGCACUGGGGACACUUGUCAAGCCAUGACGGCCUGCAACACAAUAUACUACUGGUAUGACGAGAGGGGGAAGAAGACAAAAUGCACUGCUCCACAAUACGUCGACUUCGUAAUGAGUCUUUGUCAGAAACUGGUCACAGACGAGGAAAUCUUUCCUACAAAAUAUGGCAAAGAGUUCCCCAACUCGUUCGAGUCAUUGGUAAAAAAGAUCUGCCGGUACCUAUUCCACGUGCUGGCUCACCUCUACUGGGCGCACUUUAAAGAGACGGUGGCUCUGGACCUGCAGGGCCACUUGAACACUCUGUAUGCACAUUUCAUCGUUUUCGUAAGGGAAUUCAACCUGGUCGACCCAAAGGAGACCUGUAUCAUGGACGACCUGUCCGAAGUCCUCUGCACCCCGGCCCCGCCGCCAGCUCCCACCCCAGCCCCCUCCGCCCCUGCCUCAGCACCCUCCCCCUCUGCACAAAACCAUGUGACAGAGAGAUGAGCGGAGGGGCGGCGGCGAGACAGCAGCCCCGGGGAUGAUAGAAGAUAAGAUAGAGGAGAGAAGGAAAGACAGCCUGGCCCCUGUCCUCAGUGCCAGCAGGACUUACAGACCUUCCACUUCCCUUAUAUUUCGCUACAACACCAACCAACCAGCCGGAAGGAAGGGGGGAGGGUUUUCCGGGGUUUGGGGUGGCGGGGAGGGGUUUGUCACGCCAGCAGGAAUUGGCGUGAGCUUUCCUCCCAGGGGCAAAUCCCUCCCAUCUUCUCUGCAAUUUAAACUAGGAACAAAAAAGUAUGUGUAUGUUUUAUUUUUGGUUUUAUUUCACUUUUAUUUUGUUGGAGUUUUAUUCAGUUUUAUUUUUUGUUGUUGGGGGCGGAGGGCUCCUCACUUCCCUCCAUCCUCUGUAACAUACAGUCGAGGAGGGGGGCUCUGCUUUGCUUCGACCUACUAUUGUACAGUGUUGUUGAUGUGUGGAGAAGAGGCAUCUCUGCUUGCCUGCAGGCUCGUCCUGCAGGAGUAUGGCCACUGCGCUGGCCAGUAGGGAGCUACGUUACUGCCUGAUGGGGCGAUACUAGCCAAUCACUGUUUGGGUUGUUUAUGUGGGGGAUGAUUAAAGCGCUUCCUACUCAGGACCUGAGAGAAUACGUCACUGCUGCCGGGGAGAAGUUCCUCUCUUCUUUUCAUUCUCUGUCCCCUCCAUCACCUGCUCUGUCCUUGACAGGCCGUGUUUCACUUUAGUUUUGUCACAGAAUCACCCGGUGUUCCUCUAACAAACAUGUCCCAAAGCCAACCUGUAGAGGGCAGCAAGCAUGAGGAAAUCUCCACAGAAACAGGGAGACAGAGAAGAAAAUAUAAAGAUUGUAUGCUAGAUGUUAAAUCUGAUCAGAGUGGAUACUUCGAGACAGACUGGUGUCAGCGUGAAGCUGAAUCUGAGCACAGCAGCGACCCCUGAAACUACCAACACCACCAGCUACACCCACAGAAGGACAAAGACAUGAGGUAAUGUCUGCAGGCCCAGAGAGGGAAAGAGGGAGACAGAGAGGAGGGGGUGAGAGGAGAUUGGGUGGAGCUGCUUUGCUGUUGAACAGUCACCAGUACUCCCAGUGCAAAAAUCUCCACUUCUAUCUCUUUUUGUGAUGAACUGUCCCUUCAAAUUUGCUUUUAAAAAGAUUAUCAGAGGAAAAUUAGUUGAGAAAUAACAACAAUAAUGGUAUCAUUACACAUGUAUAGAAAAUGCACAGUCUGCUUGGACUUUACUGUACAAAGAAUCACAAGCGGGUUCUGUCAGACAUAGCCUCUGUACGGAGGAGGAUUGGGUUUAUAAUUCUCAUUUUUUAUUUAUUUUAAUUCUUUUUUUUUUGCAGGGUUGUUCAGUUCUGGCUCUCGUUUUUAUGUAUUUUAAUUAUUAACUAAGUUAAAAGCAAUUUAAUAUUUUAAGCUCUGCGGAUUAUAAUCUAAUAAAAGAGAGAAAUGCCAA